AUGUUGAGAUCGAUUCGCCCUACCCGUGCUUUAUAUGGUGCUGCCAGAGCUUUCAGAAUCAGCCCUGUUCAGGUCCGUUUCGCUUCACAAUUAGCUCACGCCAAAGUUCCCCCAGUGAAAAAUGAGCCGGUUAAAGAAUUCGGCUUUGCUCACCAAAAAGACUGGGAUCUUUUACGAGCUUCAAUCACCAAAUUCACCGAUGGCAUUCUUGACAUCCCAUUGGUGAUUGGUGGCGAGAAAAUCUACGACAGACCUACAUUCACACAAGUCAACCCAGCCAAGCAUUCUCAGGUUGUUGCUACAGUCAGAACUGCCAGCCAGCAAGAUGUGAAGGAUGCAAUUGCAGCAUCAAAGAAAGCAAAGGCUGAAUGGGCCAGAUUGCCAUGGACCGAUCGUGCCGCCGUCUUCUUGAAGGCCGCAGAUCUUCUUGCUACCAAGUACAGAUACGACAUGCUAGCAGCCACCAUGCUUGGCCAAGGAAAGAACGUCUACCAAGCAGAAAUCGACUGCAUCACAGAAUUGGCAGACUUUUUCCGUUUCAAUGUUAAGUACGCCGAAGAAUUGUACCAUAGUCAGCCUUCGGAAUCCAGUCCGGGCGUCUGGAACAGAGCAGAGUACAGACCAUUAGAAGGAUUUGUUUACGCCGUGACUCCAUUCAACUUCACUGCCAUUGCCGGAAACUUGAUUGGUGCUCCAGCUUUGAUGGGAAAUACCGUGGUGUGGAAGCCUUCUGACACCGCUGUGCUCUCUAACUACUUUUUGCUCACGGUCUUGGAGGAGGCUGGGUUGCCCGCAGGCGUAGUCAACUUUGUCCCAGGAAAGCCUGUUGAGGUGACCGAUGUCGUCAUUAAUGAUCCAGAUUUUGCUUCUUUGCACUUCACUGGCUCCACCGAUGUGUUCAAGAAGUUGUAUGGACAAAUUGCCUCCAACUUGGCUAAAGACGUUUACAAGGACUAUCCUCGCGUGGUGGGAGAAACCGGCGGAAAGAAUUUCCACUUGGUGCACCCAUCUGCUUCCGUGGACCAUGCAGCUUUGUCUACCUUGAGGGGUGCCUUUGAGUUCCAAGGCCAAAAAUGCCUGGCUACUUCGAGAGUGUAUGUCGCUGAAUCUGUUUGGCCCGAGUUUCAAGAGAAGCUCACUAGUGCUAUGGAUUCUAUCACUAUCGGAAACACGACUGACACAGGUGCCCUUCACCACUUUAUGGGUCCUGUUAUCCACGAGCAAUCUUUUAACAAGUUGGCUUCUGUGCUAGCAAAGGCUGAGUCAGACCCAGAAUUGACUAUUCUCAAAGGUGGAAAGGCCGACAAGACCACUGGUUUCUACAUCCAACCCACAUUAAUCCAAACGACAAACCCUGAUCACGAAUACCUUUCGAAAGAAUUUUUCGGCCCUGUCUUGACUGCUUAUGUUUACCCUGACGCUGAGUACGAAAGCAUUAUGGAUAAAAUAGAUUCCAGCACCAAAUACGGUUUGACUGGUUCUAUUUUCGCCAAAGAUCGCCAAGCAGUCAGAUUGGCUGAGGAGAAAUUGAGAUAUGCGGCAGGUAACUUUUACAUCAACGAUAAAUCAACCGGUGCAGUUGUGGCACAACAGUGGUUUGGCGGAGCAAGAAUGUCAGGCACUAAUGACAAGGCAGGCUCAGGAAACAUCUUGAACAGAUUUGUUUCUGUGAGAAAUAUUAAGGAGAACUUCUACGAAUUAACUGACUACAAAUAUCCUUCUAACUACGAUUGA